AUGACGAAACGUGUUAAAGUACAUCUGCAGCAUCAAGAAGCUUUUGAUCGUACCGCUCCUAUUGUUGCAACGUUUCGUAAUGGUCCACCUCCACCACAUAUGCGCAAGGAAUUAGCCUUUGAGGUGUUUGAGAAUCCAAUAAAAAAGCAGCGAUUAGUUGUUGCAAGUGUAGAGAAAGUGGCGUAUCAGGGUGCUAAUUUCGGCUACUUGGGUUCAAGUCAUGACUAUUCAAACUAUGCAAUUGGUAUCUACGAUACCAAAACAAGGGAAGUGCGAUUGUCCAAUGUAAAUCAGAUCUAUGUCAUGCAACAAGCUAUCAAGAACUUGUCGGAGAAGGUUGAUGAUAAUCGGGGUGAACAGAAGACCUGCAUGGAGCAAAGACGGGAUCUUGUUGAAGUCUUUGGGAGCAAAAAGAGCAAACGCAUGCAAAAGAAUCGACAAGAGAAUGUUGUUGAUCUUGAAAAUAUUAGCGGUGCAUCUUCUGUGACGCAGACAUUGAAGAAGAAAAUAUCAGCAGCACAACGUAAACGUGAUGACGAACGUGCACAGGAUGGAAGGUACUCGAACGAGACAAUAGCUCUUGCUGCCACGCGUAAUGCUCUUUUACCACCAUGUGAUGUCGACGCUCCGACACCUGAACAUGUGUAUGACCUCACGAGGUUUAUGGAUAGCACUGUCAUGGACUCGCUAACUGUUAUGGCUGAAGAGGUGAUUGAGGCACUGCAGACAACAAGUGUAGCAGAGUAUGCGGCCCGCUUAAACCUCGCAUCGCUUCCUACACGACUCUUGAUGUCUCUGCCUGUCCCGUACGAUGUGAACAAAAUGUGUCUCGUGGUGUAUGUGGCAUUCAUGAUUGAUUUUUACAAUACACGCUUCCCUCUACGCAAGUCAGCGCCAGCUUUUAGUGAGGAGAAAGGUAUUCCUCUUGUGGUCGUGCGUCACUUUUUGAAACUCUUUACGGACGUUAGCGAGGGCAACAAUGGUUACCCAACGUACUUUCAAUCGAAAGCCAUGAAAGACAAGCUUUGCUUGUAUCUACUCGUGAUUGCUCUGACUGUCAAUGGCUUUACUUUGGAUCUCACAGAAGUCAGCUCUGAUUUAAAGAGAUCUGCUAUCCAGAUUCAGGCAUAUGCUCGUCAACUUGGUUGUAUCGUUGAGAAGGUGAAGGCUGAAGCUACUACCUAUGGCGGGGCAUCCAAGAAACAGAUUAACCGUGCGGUGCUUUCAGUACCGCUACACUUUCCACAUCCGAAACGUGGUGGUCCAGCUCGUCGAUAA